UUGGACGCCGUGGCUCUAAGGGGGCGGGGAUAGAACGCGGGGAUUGGAAGGAGGCGGGGAUAAAACCCGGGACCUGAAUACCCGGCUAGGGACACUAGAGACAGGAAUCGGGGUUUCUGGGUGACGGUGAUCUGGGAGUGGGCAGGACUCCAAAGGCCCGUCGACCCGGUGGUGGACUCCUUGCACUGGGAUUGGACAUACGCAAGCGGGAGAUUUGGGGCCGGCGCUCAAAAUCCGGGGGCGGGGGUGGACUCGGGUUUGGACCCCAGGAUCCGAUCAGCGGACCCCUGAUUCAACGUGACCCCGCAACUCAGCCUGGACCAGUUUCCCUCCUCCACCUACCCCCGAAUCUUCAGAGUCCUGUAUUAGGGGGGAGGGCACUGCCCCCGCACCAUGUUCUUGGCAGAGCAGGACUCCAGCGUGACAUGGCUGAAGCGCACCAGGCCGUGGGCUUCCGAACCUCGCUGACCUCGGACGGGGCUGAAGUGGAACUCAGUGCCCCUGUGCUGCAGGAGAUCUACCUCUCUGGCCUGCGCUCCUGGAAAAGGCAUCUCUCACGUUUCUGGAAUGACUUUCUCACCGGUGUGUUUCCUGCCAGCCCCCUCAGUUGGCUUUUCCUCUUCAGUGCCAUCCAGCUUGCCUGGUUCCUCCAGCUGGAUCCUUCCUUAGGACUGAUGGAGAAGAUCAAAGAGUUGCUGCCCGACUGGGGCGGACAGCACCACGGGCUCCGGGGGGUCCUGGCAGCUGCGCUGUUUGCCUCCUGUUUGUGGGGAACCCUGAUCUUCACACUGCACGUGGCCCUCAGGCUGCUUCUGUCCUACCACGGCUGGCUUCUUGAGCCCCACGGAGCCAUGUCCUCCCCCACCAAGACCUGGCUGGCCCUGGUCCGCAUCUUCUCAGGCCGCCACCCGAUGCUGUUCAGUUACCAGCGCUCCCUGCCGCGCCAGCCCGUGCCCUCUGUGCAGGACACCGUGCGCAAGUACCUGGAGUCGGUCCGGCCCGUCCUCUCCGACGAGGACUUCGACUGGACCGCGGUCCUGGCGCAGGAAUUCCUGAGGCUGCAGGCGUCGCUGCUGCAGUGGUACCUGAGGCUCAAGUCCUGGUGGGCGUCCAAUUAUGUCAGUGACUGGUGGGAGGAAUUUGUGUACCUGCGCUCCCGAAAUCCGCUGAUGGUGAACAGCAACUAUUACAUGAUGGACUUCCUGUAUGUCACACCCACGCCUCUGCAGGCAGCUCGCGCUGGGAAUGCCGUCCACGCCCUCCUCCUGUACCGCCACCGCCUGAACCGCCAGGAGAUACCCCCGGUAAGAGGGCCCCAGUGGGCUGGGGAUGGAGGUGUGGUCCUGUGGCCUUUAGGCCACAUGGGUCCUGGAAGGCAGCUCACAGCCCACGGUUUCCUGCAGACUUUGCUAAUGGGAAUGCGUCCCUUAUGCUCUGCCCAGUAUGAGAAGAUCUUCAACACCACGCGGAUUCCAGGGGUCCAAAAAGACUACAUCCGCCACCUCCAUGACAGCCAACACGUGGCUGUCUUCCACCGGGGCCGAUUCUUCCGCGUGGGGACCCACUCCCGAAACAGCCUGCUUUCCCCGAGGGCCCUGGAGCAGCAGUUUCAGCGAAUCCUGGAUGAUCCCUCACCGGCCUGCCCCCACGAGGAACAUCUGGCUGCUCUGACCGCUGCUCCCAGGGGCACGUGGGCCCAGGUGCGAACGUCCCUGAAGACCCAGGCAGCAGAGGCCCUGGAGGCAGUGGAAGGGGCCGCUUUCUUUGUGUCACUGGACGCUGAGCCCGCGGGGCUCACCAGGGAGGACCCAGCAGCGUCGUUGGAUGCCUAUGCCCAUGCCCUGCUGGCUGGCCGGGGCCAUGACCGCUGGUUUGACAAAUCCUUCACCCUAAUCGUCUUCUCUAACGGGAAGCUGGGCCUCAGCGUGGAGCACUCCUGGGCCGACUGCCCCAUCUCAGGACACAUGUGGGAGUUCACUCUGGCUACAGAAUGCUUUCAGCUGGGCUACUCAACAGAUGGCCACUGCAAGGGGCACCCGGACCCCACACUACCCCGACCCCAGCGGCUGCAAUGGGACCUUCCAGACCAGAUCCACUCCUCCAUCUCUCUAGCCCUGAGGGGAGCCAAGAUCUUGUCUGAAAAUGUCGACUGCCAUGUCUUUCCAUUCUCCCUAUUUGGCAAGAGCUUCAUCCGACGCUGCCACCUCUCUUCAGACAGCUUCAUCCAGAUCGCCUUGCAACUGGCCCACUUCCGGGACAGGGGUCAAUUCUGCCUGACUUAUGAGUCGGCCAUGACUCGCUUAUUCCUGGAAGGCCGGACGGAGACGGUGCGAUCUUGCACGAGGGAGGCCUGCAACUUUGUGAGGGCCAUGGAGGACAAAGAGAAGACGGACCCACAGUGCCUUGCCCUGUUUCGCGUGGCAGUGGACAAGCACCAGGCUCUGCUGAAGGCAGCCAUGAGCGGGCAGGGAGUCGACCGCCACCUCUUUGCACUCUACGUCGUGUCCCGAUUCCUCCACCUGCAGUCGCCCUUCCUGACCCAGGUCCAUUCGGAGCAGUGGCAGCUGUCCACCAGCCAGAUCCCUGUUCAGCAAAUGCAUCUGUUUGACGUCCACAAUUACCCGGACUAUGUUUCCUCCGGCGGUGGAUUCGGGCCUGCUGAUGACCAUGGUUAUGGUGUUUCUUAUAUCUUCAUGGGGGAUGACAUGAUCACCUUCCACAUCUCCAGCAAAAAAUCAAGCACAAAAACGGUGAGACAAACGUGUGUACCCACCAACUCCCUCUUUCCUCAGGAACCAGGAGCCUAGGCCCCUAGCCCCUCCUCCCUCAGACCCAGGAGUCCA